CUCCCAUAGACCGAUCACCCACUCGAUAACCCAUUCAACCUCGCACAACUUCACCAUUCAUUUGAGAACCGGACCUCCAUCCUCGACCGCUCGAUACCCACCCACCCUCCUCCUCCUCGACCGCUACCUCACAACACGCACUCACAACUACUCGACCAACAGACGCCCAUCAUGAGUUCUUCGUCUUCUUCCUCCAGCGUUUCCUCGACAAGCCCCGAGGACAGAAUAGGCCAGCUGCUCGCCGGCCGCCUGGAGCUGACUGGUGUCCUUGGAAUUGGAGCUUACGGAGUUGUUUACAAUGCUGUCGACAUCUUCACCUGCACACCCUAUGCCGUCAAGGCUUUGACUAAGAACGGACUGGACGCACGACAGAAGCGCUUCCAGCAGAGGGAGAUCGCCCUCCACCUCAAGGCCAGCGCUCACCCUAAUGUGGUCUCGUUGAUGAAGAUCGUCGAGACCUCGGAUUGCACAUUCGUCAUCAUGGAAUACUGCCCGGAAGGUGACCUCUUCACCAACAUCACCGAGCGAGGCCACUACGUCGGAAACGACGAAUUGGCCCGACGGAUUUUCCUCCAGCUUCUGGAUGCCGUCGAGUACUGCCAUUCACUAGGCAUCUACCACCGGGAUCUCAAGCCGGAGAACGUGUUGGUUUGCAACCGUGGAAUGGAAGUCAAGCUCGCCGAUUUCGGAUUGGCCACCACUGACAGCUACACCAAUGAUUUCGGCUGCGGUUCCACAUUCUACAUGUCUCCUGAAUGCCAGCAAUCCUCUUCCCGAACAGCGAAUUGUUACGCUUCCGCACCCAACGAUGUUUGGUCCCUCGGUGUCAUCCUGGUCAACCUCACCUGUGGCCGGAAUCCUUGGAAGCGAGCCUCCCAAUCCGACAGCACCUACCGUGCCUACCUUAAGGAUCGCCAGUUCCUGCGAUCAAUCCUUCCCCUGUCUCCCGGCCUGAACGUCAUCCUCCAGAAGGUCUUCGAGCCGAACCCUAUGAAGAGAAUCUCCAUUCCCGAGCUGCGAGCCCGUAUCAUGGCCUGCCCUAGAUUCACCAACACUCCCGGAGCAAUGGACAGCCCGCCGCUCUCGGAGGCAUCCCUCUCGAACCUUCAGGAGAUGCCCGAGUUCAACCUCACUGGUCCCAAGUACACCGAAGCCCCGGUCACUCCUCAGGAGUCUUCCCAGGCUCACGGCCAGCCGGUUCUCCACCCGUACGCGUACAACAAAUCUGCCGUGUCACAGUCUUCGAACGUAUCAUCGCCUUCAUCUUCCUACUAUCCCGAUGCCGAGACCAGCCCAGCCGUCCUGCCAUCAUCUCUGGAUUUCGUUCCCUCAGCUCGUAGCUUCUGGCAACAAUUCCCAUUGUUCCGACGAGAGGAGGUCCAGAACAUGAACGCUCAGUUGGCCCAACACAAUGGCGUGCAGGUCUUCUAAGCGAUAUAUCCGAUACCCAAACACGGAGUUUUCUUAUUAAUUUUCUUAAUGCUAAUUGGAGUUUGAGCUCUAUUUCUUUUCUUGGGGUCUUUUUGUUUACCUGCCUUUUUGUCGUUUUGGAGCGUUG